GAGCAGCUCUGAGUGCCGUCCAGGCUGAAAGCAUCAGAGCUAUUUCAGACACAUUAAAAGGGUCACAGUCAAUACCUCAGCUGGUGGAAGAAGGUACCUCUUUCAGCAUCAAAAGGAGGGAUAAGCCUCUGUCUUAAAAAUGUCAAAACAGCCAGCGUCACAUGUCAAAGCCAUUCAGGCUAAUAUUAACAUCCCAAUGGGUGCAUUUCGACCUGGUGCAGGCCACCCUCAUAAAAGAAAAGAACUUACACCUGAAGAAGUGGACGAAAGUGUUCCUGCUUCGACAGAGGAGGAGAAAGACAAGAAACAUCUCCCAGGAGCUAGGAAACUUCCAGGUCCUGCUGUCAACUUGUCAGAGAUUCAGAACAUAAAGAGUGAGCUGAAGUAUGUCCCCAAAGCUGAACAGUAGCUGGAACCAGCAGGUCUGACAAGUGAAAUCGAAUGGAUUCCAAGGAAUGGAGAUAAUUUGAAAUUUUUUAUAUAUUUGUAUGAAGACUAUGAACUUCCUAACUGUUCAGUAUCCCAUAGGAAGCAUCCUCUUUGUACAUUUAUAUCAACACUUUCUUGUUGUCCAUUUUGUUUAACAUAGGAAAGUACUGCUGAAAUAAAACAGACCACAGCAACUAGCAAUGAAUGUGUAUAUGUACAGGAAUGAUUUUGACCUGAGAAUGGGGAAUAGUGUAACUUGAAGUUGGAACAAAAGUAGAAUAAAUACUUUCUAAAAAUAUAAUACUAUUUGCAAUUAAUUUGGUUUCUUUCUUUUUGAAAAAUGUCAAUGUGGACAGAGUUUUAAAAUUAUUUGACAAAAUGCAGAAUGAAUGAGGAGUGUAACAUCUCAUUUCCUGUUGUGUACUCCUGGUUAUAGAAGAGGAAUCAUGUAUCAUGUGUAAUAAAGGAAAUGAAAAUAUUAAAAGAGAUGGUCUUUCUGAUGAGUUUAGCAAAAUUCUUCUUUUGUUGUAGAGCCAAAGUGUUUCUUUUUCUUGAGAAUCUAAAAUACACUGAUGUUCUGAUACUUAUGCAUCACCUUUACUUUAUACAAUGAAAAUACAAGAUGGAGUUAGCUGAGAGAAAACUUGUUUAUUCAAAUAAACAAGUCAUCUAGCUUUGAUGGAAUAUGCUCAUGAAUAUAGGUUGAAGGAUCAUUAUCUUGAAAAACCCAAAUACAAAGAGGACACUGGAAUAUGGAUGCUGGGCAAAAUUCAUGUGUUAUCACAGCAAUUCUUACAUAGAAUAAUUAAUCCUUGACUCUUGUUUUAUAUGGACUGUAAAUAAAAAAAAGACUGUUCAAUGCAUAUUCUAUUUUUGAAAAUAAGAUCUUAUUGCUGGAGAAAUUUAAUACACUGUGUCUCCUUGGUCUCUCAUGUUAUUUACUGCAAAGGGAUAUAAGGAGAUGUUUUUUAAUAAUAUUCUUCUAAUGUUGAUUGAAACUGUUCUACAUGCUCUGAAACUCUCUGCCUGGCUCUUGUUUAUUCAAAUAAAAUAAAGAUAACCAUUCUGGUUAGAAAA